GUGCUACGCCCGCCCCUCGGUGGAGCCUCGCCUCUCUGUAGCCCCGAUACCCAGUGUUUAGUUCCCGACCUCCAGGACUUCACGUUUAGUUAGGCUACCCGCCUCCCAUCAAUCAGUUCUCAGAAGGGAGCAGCUUGAGAGCGGCUUACUAGGUACCUGUGGUGAAACGAGUGUUUGUGGCGGUUGACCCUAUGAGGGCCGUCCAAGAUGGCAGCACAGGAGCAGGAAAUGUAGCUAGCUCUAAAGAGCCUCCAAGGUGGUCUUAGAGCUCAGAUUUGUUGACCAGUGUCUUGUCUACAGCGUUGAUGCUGGCCAAGGAGGAGGAAUGAAAAAAUUAUCUAAGUGGUGCACCUUGAGUGGUUUUGAGAUUUUGUGGAUAACUGGUUGCGUCUUUUUGUGUAUACUUUAUUUUACUUUUCUUUAUUUGUUUGUUCAUUUUUGCGGGGCUGAGAAUUGAAUGGAGGACUUUACGUAUCCAACUCUACCGCCAAAAAUUAUUCUCAGAUCUUUAUUUUUUUAAGACAGGGUCUCACUGGCCUUGAACUUUGUGACUUUCCUGCCCUUAGAGUACCCAAAAUAAUAGGCUCGACUUUGUUUUUAAAUCUCAGGUAAAUCAUUAAAUAGCUAAAAAAUAUUGAGGCUCUGAUUUUUUUUUUAAACUCAACUCCAUAAGCCACUCUGUGAAUUCUGAUUUUUCUAUAAUAGUUUUUCUUUUCCUCUGAGUAUUGAUGAACACUGGAUGAUGGACUUGUCCAUUUUUACUCAUCCAACGUUUUAAAGGACACACACUGAUAAUAAAACUGAAGCGCCAGAAGCACUUGUAUUCUCACUCGUGGACUCUUCGACUGCAGUUUCCCGUUCACAGCUGAGGAAGCAUGAGUCACUUGCAAAACUUACUGUUAGAUACCCUACUGGGGACGAAGCACGUGGACAGUGCAGCCCUCAUCAAACUCCAAGAAAAGACCCUAUGUGUGACAUCACCAGGAUUUAGUGUAAUGCCAAGUGAUGUUCGAACACUUUUGAACGGAUUUGCCAAAAACCCAUUAUUAACCCGAAGGGAAGGGUUGUAUUUCAGGGAAAAGGAUUACAAAUGUGUCCGGGCAGAUGACUGUUCUCUCUAUGCUAAGAAUGAGAACACUGGUGUGGUGGUGGUGAAGACCCACAUGUAUCUUCUUGUGGCAACUUACACUGCAGGAAUGUAUCCUAGCGUCUGUGUGGAAGCCACAGAGAAGCUGGGAGAGUAUCUAAGAAAAAAAGGAAACUAAGACAUCCGAUAACUAGUGAAGACAACUUUGUUGUUUUAGAAGAAAAGUAUAGAUCCUUAAGAAAAAUAUGCUGUGGUUGAAAACACUUCGUGGAAGAUUAAAACAAAUGAAGGGAACAAGUUCUCUUAUUUCAAGAGAUCAUCCUCUCUGACUGGAAGGAACUGACCAGCUUGUUCCCUUUCUUUAAGCGUUGGUCACAGACAUGACACCUGAGUGCACUUAUAGUUUUUCACAGGGCAAGUCCACGGGGAGUCUUACCUCCAAGUCCCCACACAUCUUGCCAGAUAUGCCAAGAAUAUAGGCCCUAGCCACUCAUAUGUGUGAGCCACAUGCACAUCAGAGUCAGGGGACAGCCAUGGGAGUCACUUCUCUUCUCCUGGGUGUUGGGAGUAGAUCUCAGGCCAUAAGGCUUGGUGGCAGGUAAACCCACUGAGUCAUCUCCCUGCUUCCCGGAACCACUCUGUACCUAGGCCGUGUCAGUCUCAUGCCUCCUUAAAAGUUUCAUGUAAUGCUUGUAGGAAAAACUUGCUAAGUGCUUUCUGUCAAAGGAGUUCCUGAUUCAGUGCCCCUUUAUUAAAA